UCUCCAUGCUUCAGGGAAUAGUAAGAAAUCCUUCGCUCUUGUGCCCAGUCUCCCCACUGCCAAAUGUGGGCCUUGCCAAUCGGGGCAAAUUCCCUUAUUCCCCAGCAUUAGCCUGAGAUUUAAAGAUAUUCUUAUAAGUAAAGGCCUGACUGAUGGUAUCCUAGUGAGUUGUCGAACAGUCGUCAGUCGUCGUUUUACAAGACAUUGAGUCUAUAGGAUUCAAUAGGAACCGCCACUUGUGAGAUACAUUUACGUCAGUCAGUUAACGGUGAAAUUGUGCUCUGUCAAUUCAGGAAAAAUUAUUCGUGUCAAAAUGGAUGACCAGGAGACACCUUAUAUUGUAGUAUUGGAGCAGCCAGCGAGUAAAGAAUAUCGAUUUCGUUAUGAGUGUGAACGAAGAUCGCAUGGAAGUUUGCUGGGAGCCAACAGUACUGUUUAUAAAAAAACAUUUCCGAAGAUAAGGGUCGUUGGUCUCAAGACUGAGGCUUACCUGAUUGUAUCUUGUGUCACCAAAGAUCCCCCCUAUAAGGUUCAUCCUCAUCGGCUGAUCACCAGAGGAAUCGGAAAGAGCCACGGAGUUUUAGUAAUCCCAAUAAACCCCAUCCAAAAUGAAAUUGAACUUAGAAGGCUGGGAAUCCAAUGCAUCAGAAAAAAAGAUAUUAAACAAUCCUUGGAGUACAGAAAGUACGUCGAGGUGGAUCCUUUCCAACAGGGUUACGAUCACGGUAAUUUACCAGGAAUGGUCGACCUAAACGUUGUGCGACUGUGUUUCCAAGUAUUCUUCUUUGAUGCUAUCGCUCAAAAAUACAUUAAAAAAUCUACCCCAGUCGUGUCAGACCCAAUUUAUGAUAAACCACCAAUGAUUAAUCUCGGUAUAUUGCAAGUGGAUACUGGCGUUGAAGCAAUUGCUGGGGUAACAUCUUUAGUGAUUUCCGCCCAAAAAAUAAUCACCGACGACGUAAAAGUUCGAUUUUUCGAGGUAAGGGCGAACCAAGUUGUUUGGGAAGCGAUGGAGGAUCCAGUUCCAAGGAAGAAUGACCACAACCAGAUGUCCAUUACCGUGAACAUUCCCGUCUAUCCAUUCACAUCCACCCAUGAUCGAGUCAAGUUGAGGAUACAACUCGUGAAACCAUUGACUAAUGAAUCUGGCAAGGCCAUCCCCUUCACUUUGUUUCCUCCUACCAAUACACCAGUAGAUCGUUCAUUGACGCAAAAACAUUCAGACACCGAUGACUUCGAGUCUUCCCAGAUCCCGGUAUGUCAUCAAGUGGAGGCUCGGAACGAACAGGAAUGUCCCAAUUCAGAAUGUUUAGAGGACACCACCCUAAAUAUUCCACAAAGCGAACGAGAGAAUAUCCAUUACAACCAGAAUUUGAACAUCCAAGGAUCUGCCAACCAUAAUGUCAAACAAGCAGACAAUCCGGUGAUUCCACAGUUUAUAGCACUUCCAGAUACACUUCUAUCCAAUCCAUUGUAUUCUCCAGUCAUCAUAACGUCUCAUAUAGCUCCAGUGACCACCAACCAGCUGCUGUUCGACUGUCAACGUUACCCAGCGAGCCUAGCUACUUCCAAUCAAUUGUACCCCCUGAUCCCUGGGCUCACUCCCUACGUAUACCCGUAUCCCGUUUAUGAAACUCUUCCGUCCACCUCUGAAGACAGUCCUGACUGCUCACCGUUUUCAUGGGAACGCAUAAGCUACACCCGCUUGUAGCAAACUUUAAAUUUGAAGUAAAAGAAAUUUCUUUCCAAAGUAAAUAUUUUAUCAAUAUAUAAAUAGAAAAUAUAAAUGCCAAUAUACAUAUUUUAUUAAUAGUAAGUUUCAUAUUCUAAUGAACGCCCCAAUUUAGAACAUGAGGAGGCUUUUUGAUAAGAAACAAAAUGUAAUUAAUUUAUAAAGUCUAAAGCGUAGCAAAUAAAGUGGAUACUAGAUCCGAAUAUAAUAAGAUCGAUACCAAAGAGUAUCUCCGGUUUGUCACUGAUUUGUAAUAAUGCGACUAUUGUUUUCAGAUUUUUUAUGUAAUGAAAUUACAGAGAAACAUAAGUGACAAAUUUUCUGUAAACUUGUUUUAUUCUUUCGAAUGUAUAAAAUCGCAAAUGUGGAUAUUUAUAUUGUAAAUAGUUUUUGUGUCCUGCAGUAAAUACAAAUAAAGGUCUUCGUUCUUCUACCCUUAGUCUUCAUUCAUACACUACACAGGGAAAAUAUUCACAGAACGAAUGUAAUAACGUGCGUCGAAAUUCCGACAAUAAAUGGUUUGAAAUUUUUUUUUAUAAAAGUUGAAUAAUAUAUCCUAGCUUGCACUAGUUUUAUUUUCAUAAAAUCCUUCCCUUACAUGAAUUUUAGUUCCUUUACUCAAAUUCCUUUUUCUUUUAUUAAGAAGCGACCCCUCAGGUAGAGGAUCAAAAUAUUCUCUACCUGAGACCCUUUACAGUGUUCAGUGAAUAUCACCAAUAGUAUGCAUGUACUCGAUUAUUUUGUGAAAUAUAAAUCCCUUGGAAACACUCGAGUGCUUCAGUCGUUUGCACGUGGGUCUUGCGAAACAACCAUUGACUUCCUUCGAUAGUUUGAUUGAAAUAUUUUUGUCUCUGACAUUGUAAGCCAUGCAUCUGGCUCUGAGAAGAGCUUUGCCCUAUGUUUUGGUUUUCGAAGAGCCCUCCUCUGAGGGGAUACGCUUGCACCGUCAGGAAAAUGGAGAAUUAGCUGGUACUAUAAUUGGAAUCAACUCAACAGAAGAUCAUAUCACUUAUCCGAAAAUAUGUGUUGUUAGUUUGCACUCUUUCGGCUACGUGCAAGUAUUUUGUGUCACGGCGAGCGCACCUUAUCGUCCACUUCCUCACAAAUUGAUCCGCUGCUACGAAGACGGCACUCGUGAUGAUCCGGUUGUAGGAGUUAUCAGCACACGAGUGUUAGCGCAUUUUCCCGUUGUCGAAUUCCGCAAUGUAAAAAUUGAAUAUGUACCUAGACAAAAUAUUAGACAGACCCUUAUCACGCGAAGAACCUCACCAAACGAUCCCUUUGCCAGAUCUGCAGAAUUGCAAGACUGGGAAAUUGAGCAAAUGGAGCUUAAUUCUACUCGAUUAUGCUUUCAAGUUUAUAUCAAGACUGUAAGUACCGGCAAGUUCCAACCGAUUAUGCCAGUUGUUUCGGCGCCCAUCAAUCUAAUCACACCUACGGAUGAAAAAAUUGACUAAAUACUCGGAUCGAUAUUUAAUUGUUUUCUAUAAUGUUAUGUUCAAUCGCAAAAUAUUUUAUGUAAAGAGCGCGAGAAACAUUUUAAUGAAAUGUGCCUAUUUAACGUUAUCAAAAUUAUAUUUUCUACAGAAUCAUACUUUUGUAAACAUUCUCAUUCAAACAACUUAUUUACGAGGCGUGAAAUCAAUUUUUUCCAGAGUUUUGAAUAUAAUUAACUUUGUUGCUGUUCUGAAUGAAUGAUUUUUAUUAUGACAAAUAUGUUGUUUAUGAAUUAUUUAUAAAAAUAUUGCAAGGCGCGACUACAAAUGAAAGAUUUUGAGCUACAGACUUGGUGUUAUUGCCUGUACUUGUGAGCUCUGCAAUAAAUACUUUUAUAAAAA